AUGUCACGAACAGUCCUGAUCACAGGUGCUACGGGUCUUCUCGGGCGCCAGGUCCUCAACGCCUUUGAGCGAGACAGCCUCAAUUGGAAAACUAUCGGACAAGGUUUCUCAAGAGCGGGGCCUGGAACCGCGGCUUCAGAUACAGAUGCGGAGAUUAUCAAGGCGGACUUGACAGAUGAAAGUGAGAUUGUAGCAUUACUGGAUCGGACGAAGCCGCAGGUUGUCGUGCAUUGCGCCGCCAACCGCUUCCCAGAUAAAUGCGACUUAGACCAAGACGCGGCCCGCAAAAUAAACGUAGCCGCCACCAAGUCCCUCGCUAGAGAAACCUCUGCCCGAUCCAUCCUUCUUAUCUACAUCUCGACAGACUACGUAUUCCCCGGCAAACCAGAUGAAGCACCAUAUGAAGUCUCCGCGAAGACCGAACCACCAAACAUCUACGGAGAGACGAAGCGAGAUGGCGAGAUUGCAGUGUUAGAGGAGACAAGGCAGUCGGGGCUUGGCGUGGUCCUACGUGUCCCCGUGCUGUAUGGGCCAACAAAGCAGAAUAGCGAGAGCGCGGUGAAUGUUCUUGUCGAUGCGGUGUGGAAGGCGCAGGAUGUGAAUGCCGGGAUUAAGAUGGAUGAUUGGGCGAUAAGAUACCCGACGCAUACGGCAGAUGUAGGCAGGGUGUGCCAUGAUAUCGCUGUGAAGUAUCUUGGUGACGAGGAGGACGUCAAGGCGCUUCCCAGGAUCCUGCAGUUUUCGUCAGAGGAUCGGAUGACUAAGUAUGAAAUUUGCCAGAAGCUGGCGGAGAUUUUGGGCCUGCCGUUACCUGGGAUGAUACCGGUGAAGGAGGGGCCGAAGCCAGGGGAGGUACAGAGGCCGUAUGAUACGCAUUUGUCGACGAGGGAGCUGCAACGAAUUGGAAUUGGGGUUGAAACGCAGUCGUUCAUUGCCUGGUGGUGA